UCUCUUCAGAAUCACUCAUCUUUUCGGAUUUACUCUCCGGCUAUACUAACUCCCUCUCAGGAAGUUUUGGAAUAUUUUGCAUCAUCAUGACUCUUGAGGAAGUUCUGAUCCAGAAGCCCGCUGAGCGUGCCCAGUGCACCGGGAAAGCGCUGGAGGAAGUUCUGCUCUCCGCUAAAGACAACAACUGCCUGACUGUCGGUGUCUAUGAGUCUGCUAAAGUUAUGAAUGUUGACCCAGACAAUGUGUCUUUCUGUGUCCUGGCCACCGAUGAGGAGUGGGAGUGUGACAUUGCUCUCCAGAUCCACUUCACCCUCAUUCAGUCUUACUGUUUUGACAACGACAUCAGCAUCGUCAGGGUGAACAACAUGCAGCGACUGGCCGAAAUUGUUCGUGACAAGACUGGCCAGCUUGAAGAUGCCCACUGCUGUCUUAUCAUGAACUCAGCUGAUGGUUCUUGGGAGGACCCCGCUCUGGAGAAGCUGCACCUGUUCUGUGAGGAGAGCCGCGGUCUGAACGACUGGGUUCCAGAGAUCACCAUCCCUAAGCGCUGAUCUUCUCUCUUGAGAUGCUGUAAACCUUCAUCCUAUAAGGAAAUACUCAUCCUUUUACAGGAUGACACUGUUUCUCAUCCCUGGAUACUCCUGAGGAGGAUUCCGAUCCAGGCAGCGCGUGGCCGGCCCGAAUGGCCCCCGUGAUUUCGUCGUCUCUUGUCCCGUCCAUGCCAAGUUGACUUCCAUUCUUUAUGUGAAUGAGGUCAGGUAUGCCACAAGAGCGACAAAACGGCCCUCAUUCUUUGUGCGGAUGAGGUUUGGAGAGAAAGGAGGAGCGAGUUCUGCAUCCUGUGUUCCACAGAGCGAACGUCGCACGUUGAAGCACGCGCAGUAGGAGAAGAAGCGGUGCCAAGAAGAAGCAUUCUUAAAAACUGACUUUUUUAAAAUGUCUUCUUGCUGAGCAGCAUAACACCGUUGCAUUCAGCGAAAUGUUUCCCACUUUCCAGAAUUGUCUUAAUUCUCUAAAGGUUUAACUUUAGAAAUGUAAUAAUGACAAAUGAAUAUAAAAAAGAUAAUAACUAUUACACUUAUAAUGCUCUAAAGGUUUCACUUUAGAAUGUUUUGCCUAACUUUUUCCAAAAUAUAUCUUAUUUUUACCUAUGUUAUCUAUUUUUAUGUUUAUGCUUGAUAACAUUUCAUUGUUAAACAUGAAAAGGGGAAAAAUGAAUUAUAAUUAUUUCAAUGUUUUAAGAAAUGUUUACAAAAAACGAAUACCCUAAUAAAUUGAAUGAAUAUUA